AUGCCUUCAUCAGCCAGAAGAGCCCGGCGCGGUCGGCGCGACGCGCGUAGAGAUAAAGACGACCUCCACCUCGUCGACUUGGAGGAGCCUUCCCCCAGCCGCCCUGCCAAGCGUCGCAGAAGGACACGGUCAUCAGAUCCGGCCGAUUGCAGUCAUUUCUCUUCGUUAACAUCAACCUCCCGGACACACGAUCAUGAUGACCUUCGUGGAAGCAAUGAUGAUCAAGUUGUCUCCCAGGUUACUCAGCAACUGAAGAGCCGAGUAGUUCAAGCUAGCAAGGAUCACGCCAAUGCGAUUCACGAGGCUAACCGUGAUGGUGUCAAGGCAUAUGCCAAAGUUGCAGCCCAAGACUGGACAUUCUACAUAACAAAACUUGCUGUGAAUAUCGGACGUGGCUCCGAAGUAUCUCAUGGAGACGAUCAGGCCGAUUUUGGGGCUCAUGUUCACAUCGACCUAGGUCCAAGCAAGAUGGUUUCACGAGAUCACGCAUCCAUAUGCUUUGACUCUAAGGACGAGGAGUGGAUCCUUGAAAUCAAAGGUCGCAACGGCGCCAAAAUAGACGGACGACCUCUUAAGUCCAGGGCUUCGCAUCGGUUAGUCUCUGGUGAAGUGAUUGAGAUUGGCAACGUUGAAAUGAUGUUCGUGCUGCCUUCCGAGAUUUCCCCAUUGCACGUAAACGCGGCCUUUCUCCAGCGCUGCGGUUUGACUCCGGAGGCAGUGCAGGCUCCUAUAUCACGCCGACAGCCACCCAUUACCCCAGCGUCUGCUGAAUACAAGGGGCCAGGAACUCCGCCACCAGUCCAGAGCAGAGGAGCAUCAAGCGCUAAGUCUCCCGCUGUUGCGACGCCAGCAGUGAUGAUUGGGGCACAUGGUGUUGACUUGAGCCAGGAUGAUAACCAGCACAUCAAACCGCAGUACAGCUACGCCCAGAUGAUUACUCAGGCUAUCUUGAAUGCGCCAGACGAAAGGCUGAACCUGAAUGGCAUCUACACCUUCAUAACGGACAGCUAUUCAUAUUACAGGCAUCAGCAAGCUGCUGGUUGGCAGAACUCCAUCCGGCAUAACCUUUCCCUUAACAAGUCAUUUGACAAGGUCGCUAGAUCAACGGACGAACCUGGAAAGGGGAUGAAGUGGCAAAUUGUCCCUGAGGCGAUGGAGGAGAUGGUGAAGAACGCAUUCAAAAUCGGCCGCGGAGGACAUCGAGGCUCAUCCGCGCCAUCAUCGCCCAACCAACUAAACUACAUUACGCAAGGAGCCAGAGACAUGGCAACACGACAGCAGAUAUCGGCGAGGAGACGCUUGGUGUCUCCUGUUGUAUCACCACCGAAUCCCUUAUCCGUCACGGCCACCCAUUCAACACCGCAACAGCGUUCAGAGCCGCCAGGAGGCCGCAACGCCACUUCAACUGUUGACGGCAGUCCUCUCCCUCGCCACCGAAAGUCUAAUCGCAGUAUUCCUGAUUCCUCGUUUUCCAGUCUAAACCCUCAAUCCCCCACACUCACGUUAUCGUAUUUACAGGAUGAAAGUGCGUCGUUGGUAACGCCAGCUCCACCCAGAAUUCACCCAAAGCUUGCGCCACCCAGCACAGCCCAACGACCAAGCCAGCACAUGCCCACAAGCUCACCAGCGCCUUUCUGGAAAUAUGCCGACAUCAGUAGCACCCCGUUGCGACCCUCCGCAAUGUACGAACUCAGCCCUUCCAAGCUUGCUGGUGGCAUCCCGCCCCAGAGCAGUAGUCCUCCGCGGGCGAGCAAAUCGCCACCAAGUAGUCCUUCGAAACCAAAGAAACCAGUAAUUGCGAACAAGUUUGAACAAGGCGUGGCUCCUAGAGAGGCCGAUGAAAACCAGGGAUUCGAUUUAACGAGAGGGUUUCAGAGUAUCGGCUCCUAUCAUGCCCCUGUUGGCAGGGGAUUGUCUGUUGCAAACGCCAUGCAGCGACAAUCGUAA